AUGGCGGCCGAGGAAGCGGAUGUGGAUAUCGAGGGAGACCCGGGGGUGGUUAUGGCGGCGGCGCCUCCUCUUCCGCACGGAGGCCAUGAAAAUACAGCAGGUGAUUUCCAGCAAGAUCACUACCUUGAUUCAACCUGGAGAACUGAUAAUGGCCUCAUUCCUUGGACUCUGGAUAAUACCAUCAGUGCUGAGAACAGGGCUGUCAUCGAGAAAAUGUUACUGGAAGAAGAAUAUUAUAUGUCUAACAAAUCAAUUCCAGACAAAUUCUGGCUUGAUCAUAAGGAAAGUAAUAAAAAGUACAUGAAAAGUCCACCAAAAUCAGGAAAACUCACGACUCUGUCACCUCCAAAACCAGCCAGUCACUCAGUCAAGUGGACUGUGGGAGAAAAAGAACUAUUCGAACAAGGCCUGGCCAAGUUUGGGCGGAGGUGGACAAAAAUUGCAAAAUUAAUAGGAAGUCGCACUGUUUUGCAAGUAAGGAGUUACGCCAGACAGUACUUUAAGAACAAGACAAAAUUAGAUGGUCUGGAAAAAGGCGCGCCCAAGCAGAAGAGUAGCAGUCAUCUUCAGGUGCCUGACAAGCGUUCAGGGGAGAAGUCCUGGCUUUCGUUAGGCUUACGAGGGCAUGCUGACCCUAACCUGAAUGCUGUAAAAAUUGAGACACUAUCUGAUGAUGAAGAUGUGAACAUCACUGAUGAAUCAGAUGAAUUUUUUCAGAUCCCCUUAAGGAAUCCUAACAGUGUUCUCUUAUUUGAUGUUCCCAAUAAUACUGAUCAUAAAAUGGAACCUCGAGAGCUCAUUCCUCCUGAGGGACAAGACUGGCCCAUUUCUGCAACACCAAGGAAGGACCUUCCCAGCCCUUCACAAGAUCAGAGGAAGGCACUCUCCCUCUCAGGAACUGCUUCCUGUCUGCCAAAGUCCAGUAGCAACGGGGGUAGAUCUGACCAGGCACUCAAUGAUCAGUCAUCUAGUCCCAGCAUAGAAGGAAGCCCCAAGCAGGAUGGAAGAGGAGAGGAGGUAGCCAACCCAGAACUUGGCCAAGAGCCAAAGGAUAUCCUUGAGAGCGAGAUACAUUUUCACCCUUCCUGCCAAGUAGAGGAAGAGAGCCCAGAGGACGGGGAAGAGCUAAAAGCACCAGAACAGGAGGUGGAAGUCGACAGAACCACCAUUCAGGAGGAGGAGAAGCAGGCUAUCCCCGAGUUUUUUGAGGGCCGCCAGGCCAAGACACCAGAACGAUAUUUGAAGAUUAGGAAUUAUAUUUUAGAUCAGUGGGAAAGAUGCAAACCGAAAUAUCUUAAUAAGACUUCUGUGCGUCCAGGCCUGAAGAAUUGCGGUGACGUUAACUGCAUUGGACGGAUACACACAUACCUGGAGUUAAUAGGAGCCAUCAAUUUUGGAUGUGAACAGGCUGUGUACAACAGACCCCAGCCCGCUGAUAAGACACGAGUCAGGGGAAGAGAUGCAGAGGAAGCCUACCAGCUAGCCCAGCGUCUACAGUCAAUGCGCACUCGCAGACGCCGGGUACGAGACCCAUGGGGGAACUGGUGUGAUGCAAGAGACUUGGAAGGACAGACAUUUGAGCACCUCUCAGCUGAGGAGUUGGCCAGAAGAAGGGAAGAUGAGGGAAACAAGCCUGCGAAAUAUCCCAAAGCUCCCAGGCACCCCAAAAGCUCCUUUGACCCCUUCCAGCUGAUUCCUUGCAGCAUCUUCAGUGAAGCAAAACAGGAGCCAUUUCAGGUGCAAGUGGCUUCCGAAGCGCUUUUAAUAAUGGAUUUGCACGCUCACGUUUCCAUGGCGGAGGUGAUCGGUCUCCUAGGAGGGCGCUACUCGGAGGCUGAGAAGGUCCUGGAGGUGUGUGCGGCCGAGCCCUGCAACAGUCUGAGCACCGGCCUGCAGUGCGAGAUGGACCCCGUGUCGCAGACCCAGGCUUCGGAGACCCUGGCCGUCAGAGGGUACAGCGUGAUCGGAUGGUACCACUCUCACCCGGCCUUCGACCCCAACCCUUCCCUCCGGGACAUCGACACCCAGGCCAAAUACCAGAGUUAUUUCUCCAGAGGUGGAGCAAUGUUCAUUGGGAUGAUCAUUAGCCCAUAUAAUCGAAACAAUCCUUUACCAUAUUCCCAAAUUACCUGCCUGGUUAUAAGUGAUGAAAUUAGUUCCGAUGGUUCCUACCGUGUACCUUACAAAUUUGAAGUACAACAGAUGUUAGGAGAACCUCAGUGGGAAUUAGUGUUUGAAAAAACAAGAUGGAUGAUUGAAAAAUACCGGCUCUCCCCUAGCGGUGUCCCUAUGGAUAAAAUCUUUCACCGGGAUUCUGACCUGACUUGUUUGCAGAAACUAUUGGAGUGUCUAAGGAAGACCCUGGGCAAAGCAACCAACUGCCACAUUGCUGAGGAAUUCUUGACGCAAGUAGAGAAUUUGUUCCUUUCCCAUUAUAGAAGCAAACCAGAGAAGGGCACCGCUGGAGAGGGCUGCCUCGUGUGUCCACCACAGCUGUCACUGUGAUAGUUUUAUAACUGGACAUUUUCAUUUUUAAAGGGAAAAUGGCAUCUAUAAAAAGCCCACCUGCAAAGUUUUUCCAAUUCUCCAAUGUACCGUUCAGGCAGCGAUGGUACCAGUGUCUUAUCUAGUUAAAGAAAUCCAGGCUGAAGCCUACAAAUCGAUCAUGUAAAACCACUUGCAGUCACAGAACUUUUGGACUCUGACCUCGAAGGUGCUCACCAAAGGGUGGGCCACAGCAGCUGUCCAAGUGGUUAAAAGGUAUGUCUGUUAGCAUCACCCCAUGUCCAUGGUGUGGUCAGGCUGACGUUUUUGUUUCUGUCCCUUUUCAUUUGCCUGUGAGUUUCCUCGAUGAUUUUUUCCCCAGACCACCAUUGUUCUUCCCAUUCAGCCUCAUGAAGUCUUUUUGUUUUGUUUCCAGUAAAAAAGGACGCAUGUCAGUGGUAGGAUCUACAUUAGAUGGGCAACAGAUCAAAGCCCUUCUGCAUAAGGACAUUCAUAUAUGUAUGUAUAUGUAUCUAUUUACAUAUAUACACAUAAGGGCUUUUUGCCUUAUAAAAUGGUUCCCUCAGGGAUUGGGAAAAUAGGAGAGCCACGUGUGGCAACUUACUGUUAGGAAGAAGGGAAAAGUUAAGGCCCAUCAAGGCAAGUUGGUUGAUUGUUAAAGAAGAGUGAUUUCUCCAUAAACUUGCCCCAGGUUCUCUUAGGGACAAAGAUCAUUUCCCCCCACCACCACCCUCAACUCCUUACAUAAAGACCAAUGUCAGUCUCCCCAUUGCUCCUACGAGCCAGGAUGCUGUUAUUUUUGUUUGGGUUUUAUUGGAUUCCUAGGACCACCUUCAGGUCAAUCUAGGCUGAGGACAAUUUCUUGGACUUUCCUCAUCUAGAGCCGGGAUUUGAUCAUUCAUCCAAAGGAAAAUCCCUGCAAGGCACUCGAUCAUACAAACUAAUUAUGUUCCCUCCAUAAUAUUUGCUAAGGCAUAAAUUCUGAUUAGUCAAUUGAUUGAAAUUAAGCAUUCUGUUUAAUCCACAGUUACUAAGAAAAUUUGAUUAAUUCCUUUCCUCCCUGCCUUCCCUCACCCCAGCAUCCUAAUUACUAACCAAUCAGCAAGUAUUUACCAGGAACCCACUAUUUACCCAGAGCCGUGCUAGCUACCAGGGCUUCACAUACAAAGUAAGACAGUAACUGCCCUGUGUUUGCUGGGGGACCUCGGCAUGUGUGAGGAUCAUGUUUGAGAAGUAAGCAGGUGGGCCCGUGAGACUGGAGGGAGCGCAGUGAAGUGCCAUCCACCGUGGAAGGCAGACUGGACCAGAUUGUGAAGCUUCUUGAGCAGCAAAGUCACAUCCCUGCUUAAGGAAUAUCACUUUGGCAGCAAAUUGGAGAGAUGAGCUACAUAGAGGGAGACCACACAGAAGCAGAUGAUACUCUCCAUGUCGGAAGGUGGUUCUCUCUAAGCCAGAGUUUGGUACAUGAAACUAAGCUUAUUCUUAGACAAGGCUAAAUGUGCCAGCCUGGCCUAGAGCAGCUAGAGAAUGAGGCAAGACCCCUCAGGAGCGGUGCAUUUUGGGGCAAAUCACAACCUCCCUGGCCUUCUGUUCCUUCCCUGGUACAAUGAAAAGAUUUGAAUUAGACGAUCUCUAAGGGCCUAAGAAAUAGCCUCCCCUUCUCUGAUUUACCAGUGUCCUCUGAAUUAAUGCCAGGACAGUUUUUAAAAGGAAUGUGUUCUGUUCCUUGCACUCCCACCCCUCAAUCACUGCAGGAAAAUGGGGCAUUCUACCCAUUGGAUCAGUGUGAGCCAGUGAGACUUGUUGACCACAGAGGUCCCAAAGUCCUGGGACUGACCCAGCCCAUUUCCUAUGUCUGAGAAAGGUACAAUGGGCUUGUGAGGGCUCUCAGCAGGCUGGGCUCUUCAUCUUCUCAUGGACAGAACCUGGCCCACUUCUGUUUCAAAGUGCCUGACCCGGUAUUCUUGGACAGCUGCUUUCUAAGAUGUCCUCCCCUGCCUGUUAAAUGUCUCAUUUCAUAAUCAUGUUUACUGGCCCAGUCCAUGCAGGUAACUCGAAAGAAUUGACAUCCUGUGAUAGGUAUUGUUGGCCAUCUGCUAGUCCGCGGCAUUCCAUCACCCCAAGUUGUGUCUGACUUAUGUAUUGCAUGGUUGUUGAUUUCUCCUGCCGGGCCUUCCCCAAGGGCUCUCAGCAUCUGCAGAAGAGGGAAAUUCAGUUUAGAACUUCCCCUUUGGGGCAGGAGGCCAUUUUGCACAGAAAGAGCAAAGCUGUCCUGUACAGACUCGUACUGUCUGUAGAUAGUGUUUAUUUGCAGAGGUCUGCAGGCUCCCCAUCAGGAUGAUCAAACUUCCUAUCCAUUGAGACUGGAAAGUGUGCCAGAAGACCCAGCAUCUCUCUGGGGAAAUGAAAGGAAAAGAUCCCAAAAGAUGGAGGAUGAAUAAAAAGAUGUAAA